UUUUCAUCGCCGGGUUGGGUUCGUCAUGACUUCCGGAAGUAUGUUUCCCAUCAUGCUUGUUGCAGUACUUCUCGGGUUCAUGACUGGAACGACCAAUGGCUUUGUUCAGCAAAUUCCAUUGCCGGACGAACUACAGGAAUGUUACAAAUAUCAGACCAAGAACAUUGAUAUAACACAAAAACCGUCCCAGGAAGUCAACAUAUUCUGCAUCACUAAAUACUUAUACCAGACUGCCCACCUUCGGCCACAACGGCAGGUGACCAAUCAAACAAUCUCCUACGUAGGAGAGCUCAUGCGACGGGUCAUCAGCAAGCACGAGAAAAAGGGUCAUAGGUCAAAACGACAAGGUUUUCCAGGCCCAAGGAUCAUGGGUGUGAGGAGAGAAAUUAGAACUCUUUCACGUCAGGAAUGGGACACUCUCAUGUAUCGACUUAAUCAACUUCAACAACCUAUUUUAACACCAGGACAGCCCCCCUUUGUUCCUUACUACGCUAUUACUGACAUGCACAUGUCCCCAGCAAUCAUACAGGCAGCUCACAAUGGACCUAACUUCCUCGGCUGGCAUCGAUUCUACCUACUCUUAUUGGAGGAAGCCUUGGGAAUGCCCAUCCCUUACUGGGACAGUCGUCUAGAUUACAGAAUGCCUCAGCCAACCGACUCUGUAGUAUGGACACCAGAGUUCUUUGGGGAAGGAUUUGGAAAUGUUGCGUCAGGUCCCUUUGCCGGAUGGCCAAGUAUUCCUUCACCUGAUCGCGUGCCUCUUGUCCGAAACAUUGGAAAUGACGGCUCAUUGAUCAGUGAUAACGCAGUCAAUGAAUUAAUGUCGGCCUUCAGCCAUUUUGACAUCACAGAACCUGCCCCUCCUCAACAGAUGACGUUUGAAACUAUUCACAAUGCUGUCCAUAUCUGGAUCGACGGUCAAAUGUCGGGAAUUUCCUCUUCACCUCAGGAUCCUAUAUUUUUCAUGCAUCACGCUUUCAUUGAUUAUCUAUGGAGCAUGUUUAGAAACCUUCAACGUAAUUCCGGAGUGAAUCCGGAAAACGACUAUCCUAGAAAGGGUGAUCGGAUGCACGCCCCAAUGUCACAAAUGAUUCCCUUUAGCAUGAUGAAUAUUCAGGGUUAUCGUAACGAGAUUGAGUCCCCGUAUGCACCAUCCCCUACAUGUCCGGAAUGUGGUGGCAGUAAUUAUCUACAGUGUGUACCGCCUGGAUACUGCGCGUCCAUCAGCGGGUUUGCACCAGGAUUUAGUAGUACCCCGGGUCAACGUGGGUCACGCCCAGUUCCAAUCAGACAAAGAUUUGAAACAGGUCUACGUGAUCCUCGUACUCGAGGUGAUACCAUGGCAACCGUUCCACUCCGGGGGCGUAGAAGUGUCAAAGAAACAAACAAAACCACAACUCCUUUCUCAAAUGACGCGUCACAGAUGAACAAACCAUACCAAAAUACAUUUAUUAUUGACGGCGACAGUGACCUCAAAAAGUGGGUUUUCGUUCCUGUUAGAAUCAUAUUUGAAAGACCACCUGAAGCUAAAUUUGAAUCCUUCAUAAUAAAAGAUGGCCACCUGGUAAAUAAUACGGAUAUGUUCUCGCCGUCAAAGUACGACAGUUUUAAAAUAGAAAGAAAACAGAAAGUUCCUGCAACUUAUCCUAAAUGUCAUAUAUCUGGCUCAGGUGCGUCAAAGGUAUUCAUACAAACGGAUGGUAUUGAUUACUCAGGUAGAUAUAAAGAUUACGCGGUAGUAGAUGAAAGACUUCCUAUAUCCUCCUCUAUGGCUUAUGUUGGUGUGAAAACCCCAGUAAAUGGCGCAGCUAAAUUUUACAUGACCGCCUAUGACUCGUGUGGGCGAGUUUGCAGACCUAAGUGUCUAGUGAACGGAAGAUACGAAGACUGUUCUGGAGCUUUUCUUAUCUCCACAGCGUAUCCAAAAAUGUAUGGAAGCACUUAUGAAGAAGCUGUGCAAGGUGUUUGGACAAUUGGCAAUCAACUUCUUGCCGAAUCUCAUAGUGCUGAGGUCCCGAUAGCAUUUAUUUGUAAGAUCUCAAAACAGUGGCCAUGGCGCAUAUAAGGUUCCAGUUAAUUCAGAUCUAUUAACACUUGGCAGUUUUGUAGUUUUUAUUUUGUCUAAUUUAUAAUAAAUUGUCUAAUUCAUAAUAAAUUGU